CGCCGGUUGACACGUCGUUGGCCGGGUCGUUCUCGCACCAGUCGCACCCGGCAAAAGCAGGCAAAAGUGUCGGCGUAGCCGCGAACCGACAACGACCACCGUGUCGCUACGGCCGUCGCCGUCACCUUUGCGUUCGCCUCUUUCGCCCGCAUUGGUUAGUCGCCGCCGCUCGUGGUGUUUCGUGUCGUUCCGCGCGUCGUAGCCGCGCGUCGUCGUCGUCGUGAUACACCGUCCGAUCCGCUCCGGGGCCUCCGGCUCGCCUGAAGAGGAGUGAGGAGGAGAGGGGCCAGCCUACGACGAUGUUAUCGCGGAGUCGCUCGAAGAAGGGGAGAUGCUCCCCCGGGGAGCACGAAUCUGCGGUGUACGAGGGUAGGGGAAGUCAGCUGAACGCCGGUGGAGUGGUGAGGGUCGGGCGACGAGAAGGGCAAACCGAGAGCGCUCCACGUCGACCGCUCCGAGCGGUUUAGUAGCGAGUCGAGUCUCACCGCGUCAACGUGUUGAAGAUAUAUCGAGUACGAUAACUGUACUGUAACUGUGACGCGAGUUCGUUUUCUUUCUUUUUUUGUUUCCGCGUGAUUCGUCGUUUCAACGGACGCUGGGUUGCUCCGACCUAAGGGUGCUCCAACGAUUUGUUUCUCCUAUUCUCUUUCUUUCUUUCUUUCUUUCUUUCCCCCCCCCCUCUCUCUCUCUCUCUCUCUCUCUCUCUCUCUCUCUACGUAAUUUAGUGCUUGUGGAAAAAAAAGAGUUUUGUGCGUAUCGCGCGCACAGAUAAGUGCCGCUUCAUCACCGAAUCAACUUAAAGCUUGGUGCAUGGCUUCGCGUCCGAGAGUGAUAUCGUUGUUUCACUGCUGCGGCGGAUAUAAGAGGAAGAUAGUGCGACGGAUCGCGCGGCUGGAUCGCCGAUGAGCCGUCGAGUGUGAUAGAAAAAGUGGUGCCUAUCGUCGAGUAAUACGACCGACGGCGCGAGAGGAUCGACCGCGAAAGAUGCUGACGUCCAGCGCGAAUCAGUAUCUCCGUCCUGAUCAUUACCUCACGCCGCUACCUACUACGCUGGAUGCGAAGAAAAGUCCACUUGCACUGCUCGCACAGACCUGCAGUCAGAUAGGAGCGGAUCCACCGUCCAACAAAUCAUUAUUAAGUUCCUUGGACAAGACAUCGAGUAACAGAUCAUCCAAAACGGAACAGUCUCGCGAGAAAUCCUCGCCGACGAUAACAGUGUCAGCCACGGUGCCGACGUCGGCGAGCGAGUCCACGAAGACUAGUUUUAAGCCAUACGAAUCCUGCCUGGGACGUGAGAAGGCGUGCACGCCGGACGAGUCGCGAUCGACGUCAAGUCACUCGACGUCCGGCCGAUCGAGGACGCCCGGUAACAGCGGCAAACGAUGCCCAAGCAAUCAGAGUGCCACGUCGACGCGCGCGGUCACGCCGCAAGGUAGGAAAACAGCAACGCCAAACGGCGAGGUCACGCGAGACUCGCCGGCUUCAAGAAACUCGGCGCCUUCGGUGCCGUCGAGUACGACGGACGCUUCUACGAGUCAGCCAACCGUGAGUAGUCCCUCGUUACAAGUGAAACCCGCCUACAGUCCCGUCAGCGUGCUCGCUAUGGCCGAUCCAUCAAUCAAGGAUCUCCCAUUGGGCACGUUUAAGCCUGGCGUUAGUCUACCAGCCUCCACCGCCGCCUACUUGGGCUACAGUCCCGGUCAACUACCCAUCGACGUGAUGGCCAAUUCGCUCAUGUCUCAUCACGCCGCUCUGAAGAAUGGCAUCAACCCUUAUCUUUAUGCACGAUUGAAAAGCACCAGUGGACCCGCGGACAGUCUGAUGCCGAUAUGCCGUGAUCCCUUCUGCACCGGCUGCCAGCUUAACUCGCAUCUACUGUCGAACCCCGCGACAGCCGCAGCGGCAGUCGCCAGCAUCGCCAAUGGCAAGUUGCCAUCGGGUGCGAGCGCGACGCCGGGCUCCUGUCCGGCUGGGUGCGCUCAGUGUGAUCACAAACCCGGCAGCGUUUCGCCCUACGGCUCGUUGGUUUACGCGCAUGCGCAACUCGCAGCAUUGGCCGGCACGCAACUACCCUACGUGUGCAACUGGAUCGCGGGUGAUACCGCGUACUGCGGAAAGAGAUUCGGUACGUCCGAAGAGCUGCUGCAACAUCUUAGAAGUCAUACGAACGUGUCGGCGAGCGCAACCGAUCCCGCGAGCGCGGCUGCCGCGCUUUCCCUCCUGCCUGGCCCACCCCCGGCACUACACCCGACUCAUCCUCUGUUCGCGAGGUCUUACCCUACGCCGCCUUUGAGUCCACUCGCUACCGCGCGCUACCAUCCCUAUGGGAAACCCUCGCCGCUCUUGACACCGUCUCUGUCGACGCUCGGGCUGCCGCUUCCGCCGCCGCCACCGCCACCACCGCAUCCACACGCGACUGCCGGACUGGCAUAUUUCUCGCCGUAUUCUAUCUACGGAUCUCGUCUAGGUGCUACCUCCGGGAUGCACCAAUGAGUUCUCGGCGAUGAACCGAGACGCGAAACGUGAGCGAAACGCUUUCGAGAUAAGUCGGCCGGCGAACUGUGAUUCUGCUACGGAUUUGAAUACGUGAACGAAGAGCAUCGGUUCUACUAUAAAAGCGGUGCUUUUGUCACGGCAUCUCGUGAAGGAAUCUGGAGUCAUAAAACGGAUAUCGAAGCGGUAGGAAUGUUUUUUUUUCUCGAUUACUACACUUGGAGAAAAACUUGAUGUUAGCAACUAUACAGAUGACAACUGUACAAAUAUUAUAUGUAGAAUUAAUGUGUAUAUAUUGUUGAACAAAUUAUUUUACAGUUGCAAGGACUAUAGAAUAGUUUUUUCACACAACUGUGCGUAUUAAUUUUACAUAUAAAACUUAUAUAAUUAUCACCUACAGUUGCCAUCACUGUGUCUUUUUCUCUGAGUUUACGCGAUAGUAUACUCGGUGCGUCUUCCGCAAGCUGUACGCUAAGCUUUUUUUUAUCGUAUGAUUGAAAAUCUAAUACAGAAUUUGAAAGUAAUAUGCACAUGAAAUACAUCUUCUAGUUAUCCUUAGGUGCGAAUCAUUACUGUUUCGAUGUUGCCAGAUUCGACAGAUGUCGACAGAUUCGAUAUAUUUUAUAUUUUAGAUAUUAAAAUAUUUCAAUAAAUACUAAUUUUUUUUUUUAAAUAGAACUCAAUGUAUCGGAGCAUUCUACUCUGUGAGUGUUAUUUCGAGAAAAAGUUAUAUUAAUGUCUUUUCAUCUUCUAUUCUCGAAAAGAUAAAAUACCGUCGUUAUCGCGUAUGCCUACCUCAGCUUUGCAAGAGUAAUGAUUCAAUCUUGUUGUUGCAUUUGAAAUACUUUUAGGACGAUUAACCCUCGUUCAGCAGUAUUGAUAAUGCAUGAGAAGCAACGAAUGGAUUUAUAAAAUUCAUUCAUUUUUAGAAUAAAUUGUAGAACGAUAUU